GAAUCCGGAAAGACCGCAGAGGUGGGCGAAUGAUAAAACCAAAACGUCAAAAAGAGGAGCCGGAUUGCAAGAGUGAGGAGGCUUCUACGGAGCUGCGAGCUCCCACCCUUUGGACAAGUCCACUGGUGGUUAAACAUAACAAGAAGAGCAGUCCGGCCCUGUCCCUGACAGCAGAGCAGAUGGUCAGUGCCUUGCUGGAAGCUGAGCCACCCAUAGUUUAUUCUGAAUAUGACCCAAACAGACCAUUCAACGAAGCCUCUAUGAUGACCCUGUUGACCAACCUUGCAGACAGGGAAUUAGUGCACAUGAUCAACUGGGCAAAGAGAGUUCCAGGAUUUGUGGAUUUAACACUCCAUGAUCAGGUCCAUCUACUGGAAUGUGCCUGGUUAGAGAUAUUGAUGAUCGGCUUAGUCUGGCGCUCCAUGGAACACCCAGGAAAGCUUCUAUUUGCACCUAACUUAUUACUGGACAGGAAUCAAGGGAAAUGUGUAGAGGGCAUGGUGGAAAUCUUUGACAUGCUGCUGGCUACCGCUACUCGGUUUCGCAUGAUGAACCUUCAAGGAGAGGAAUUUGUGUGCCUUAAGUCCAUCAUCCUGCUCAAUUCUGGUGUGUACACUUUUCUUUCCAGCACCUUGAAAUCUCUGGAAGAGAGAGACUAUAUUCACCGCGUACUGGACAAAAUCACAGACACUCUGAUACACUUAAUGGCUAAGUCGGGUCUUUCUCUGCAGCAGCAACACAGACGACUGGCUCAGCUCCUCCUCAUCCUCUCCCACAUCAGACACAUGAGCAACAAAGGAAUGGAGCACCUGUACAAUAUGAAGUGUAAAAACGUAGUUCCACUCUAUGAUCUCUUGCUGGAGAUGCUGGACGCUCAUCGACUGCACACCCCAGCAGCCAGGAGUGCUGCACCGAUGGAAGAGGAGAACCGGAGCCAGCUAACAACUGCACCAGCUUCAUCUCAUUCCUUGCAGUCUUUUUAUAUAAACGGCAAAGAGGAGAAUAUGCAGAAUCCAAUAUAAAAAAAGAUCAACAUUUAUAAUGGUAUGACAAUCCCAGCAGUGUCCUACCUAGCUCAUGCUUCGUUUUGUCUAUAGUGCCACCUAUGUAAACACUCCAAUGACAACAGUCACCUGCAUUUUCUGUUUUAGUGUUUGUCAAGCGCUUGCCUAAAUCAAUUGCUUAUUCUAAAUGGAAGACAUUUCAUUGCUAUGGGCAGCCAGCAAGGAUUAUCAGGCUAACUCAAUUUAAAAUGUACAGCGUUUUUAUUUAAUUUUGCAUGUACAUUGGGUAGAGUCCUAAUCUAAACCGAACAUUCAUUUUACUAUAAAUUAAUAGGCUGUACCACUCAUGCAUAUUGGUAUUUUCAGAAGUGGUAGCUUUUGUUGAGAUCCAUCCCAAAUUCUGAGCUUGCUUAAUCCUUUACUUGCUUGAAACUUUGCAGCAGUUUGGUAGAGAUUCUGGAUGAUUUUUUUUGGAGGGGUAAAUUGAAAGUUGAUUUGCAUCUUAGUGUGCCAUAGUGAAACUGCACUGCUAGUGACUGCCUUGGUAGUUUAGGUAGAUUCCUGCCUCUCUUCUUCCUACAGUAGAAAGGAACCCCUGUCUGAGAAUAAUACUGUUUUACCUUGCUGGCUUACAUCAGCAGACAACUCCCUCUCAAGAUCAUACUGACCAAACUUUUACAUCCCCUUACCAUAUCUUCUAGCUGAACUGCAUUGCGUGUGCCUUGUCUUGUCUGAUCCUACAAAGCUAAAUCGUUCUGUGUGUAAAUGAAGGGCAACAUGGCAAACAGGGAUAACAAAGAUAAUUACUCUUAAAUCAGAUCAGAUGAUUAUGAAAAUCAUCAGGUCUUAACUAACCUUCACACACAUAUAUGAUCCAGCACCAUU